AUAUGAAUGACGGUCUGAGGAGCGCUUGUUUUUGUUUGUUGUGUCUUGGACGUUCUUACGAUCGCUUACGAUAUCUGACGUUUAAAAUUUAGAACGUAUUUAAACUGAUUUGACAAUGCCAAAAGUUGUUUCCCGGAGUAUUGUUUGUUCAGACACCAAAGACCAAGAAGAAUAUGGAGAAGAGAAGCCCUUGCACAUCUACUAUUGCAUUUGUGGACAGAUGACACUAAUUUUAGACUGUGCCGUUGAAAAACUACCUCUUAGGAAGAGAGAUGGUUCACGAGUGAUAGAUGGAGCAAAACACGCUCACAAGAUCACUUGCGAUCAGGAUGAAAUAGUGCAUAUUAAACGUCCAGAGGGCAUCGAAAAGCAGCACCGAAUGAAGUGUAAAAAGUGUGGAUUGGCCUUGUACUAUAAGCACGAACCACGAAGCAAUGUGAACUUUAUUUUUAAAGGCGCUGUGGUCAAAAGCUCUGGUGAAGGUCCUAAGAUGGAUAUUUAUAAUCAAGUGGCAGCAGUAGCAAAACCAAAGAAAAUUAUGGUAACAAAACAUACUAAAAAUAUGGGCAAAUUCAGCUCUGUCACUGUAUCUACAAUUGAUGAGGAAGAAGACGAAAUUGAAGCUCGGGAGGUUGCUGACUCAUACGCCAAUAAUGCAAGAAUCAUUGAGAAGCAGUUAGAACGCAAGGGAAUGAACAAACACAAGAUGACUGUUCAACAAACUCAAGCCGAAAUCGAAGCCAAAAAGGCUAGAGUUAGAGGUACUCUAAUAGACAAGUAAUGCCCAAAAUAAAAAUUAUUUUCACUUGUUUCCCCUAA